AGCGAGAGGAUUUACAAAAUCUGUCAGCGUGAGAUAAUUGUUCUUGUUUUACCUUAGUGGAGAUAAGCCUGUUUUUCUAUGGAGGUCUAUAAGAGUUUCGAAUGCUGUAAGGCCGUAUUGAUCGAAUAGAAGUUUCGCAAUGUUUAGUCUGUUAAAAUGUGCUGAUAUAAUUGGAUGCAUGUGGAAUUCUGACAACUUUGAGAAAAACGACUUGGUUUUGCCUGUUGUUCACACGCGUGUCUGCCCUCUCAUUGGCUAGAAUUGUCCCAGCUGUUCUCGCCUGCCUUCGAUCACUGAGGACAUUUCCAUUGUUAGAGCGGUCACUCAGCUAUCUUGUCAAUAUAUUACAUCAUCUUUGUUACCAGUCGAACCAGUGGUAGGUAACGGGCUCACUCAGGUGUCAAUGAUGUCGUGUCCAUGUACACUUGGGACCUGCGACGCGUCUCUUAUCUCCAUUGUCUACAGUGUUGGGAAUGCAGCCGCCACUCCCGCCAGAUGAAGUCAGAGAGCUGGUGUGUUCCUGUCUUCACAGGGACCCAGUAGCUGCUGACCUGAGAUGCAGCCUGUUUGUUGCUGCUGCUCAGAGCUACAAGAGGGACUCACUGCUCAGACCCUACCCCCCCAGAUAUAUCAGAGACACUGACACCAAGGAGUUUGAUGAGCUGCUGUCAGAUGUGAGCAGUUUGCCUGGUGUGAGGGAGCUGGUGAGAUUGAGACCUGGCAAAGCUGACCAUCAUCUGGCCCUCACACACUGGGUUCUCUUCUCCAAGAGCUUCGCUGUGAAGACACUACAGAAAGACGAGUAUGUCAAGCUCUGUAACCUGACAGAGGCUGAGGGGAUCUCUACGCCGGUCCCGGACUUCCUGUUUGAGCUAGAGUACUGCGACCAGAUGAACGUUAAGUUUGAGAAGACGCGGGCGGGACGUGACCUCUUCUAUGCAUUCCACGGCAGCCGACUGGAGAACUUCCAUUCUAUCAUACACAACGGACUACACUGCCACCUCAACAAGACGUCAUUGUUCGGAGAGGGCACCUACCUCACCAGUGACCUCAGCAUGGCGGUCCUCUACAGUCCCCAUGGCAACGGUUGGGGCGACAGCCUCCUGGGACCGUUGCUAAGCUGUGUCGCCAUGUGUGAGGUCAUUGACCACCCAGACGUCAAGUGCCAGGUAAAGAGGAAAGACUCUGAGACCAUUGACCGGCAGCGAUCCAGAGCCAGGAACAGUGAAGGAGGAGAGGUCCCUCAGAAGUACUUUGUGGUCACCAACAAUCAGCUGCUCCGAGUCAAAUACUUGCUCGUGUACUCUCAGAGAAGACACCUGUCCAGACAUUCCCAGGGCAGGUCGUGGCUGGUCAGACAUCACUUUGCCAUUAUGAUGAGUCUCUACCUACUCCUUCUCAUCUUCAUCGGUACCUUCAACUCCACCACAUUCCUCUCCUUCUGGAACCGGCUCUUCCGGUGAUGUCACAAUCACAACACUGGCUCUUCCGGUGACGUCACAAACACAGGACGACACUCUUCCGGUGACGUCACAGAACGGUCAUGGUGCUUUUCCACUUCAGCCCAAGAUGGUUAAGCCUGAGGCUUUCUAUGGGCUUAAACCCUGGUGUUUUUACUAGGGAAAUAGUUUCCUUUCCAUCCCUUGGGCUUGACCCUAAGGCACGAGUGUGAAACUCAUUCCACGGAGGGCCGAGUGUCUGCAGGUUUUCGCGCCUCCCUUGUACUUGAUUGAUGAAUUAAGGUCACUGAUUAGUAAAUAACUCCCCUCACCUGGUUGUCUAGGUCUUAAUUGAAAAGAAAAACCAGCAGACACUAGACCCUCCAUUGAAUGAGUUUGACACUUCGAACUUGGGAAGAGCAGUGUGUCAAGUUCAACAACAUGUGAAAUUUCAACAGUUUCUUAUGAGAAGGAAUAGUUCAUCUAGACAUGGACCAUUCUUCUCAUUCAUAGUGCCUUCCCUAACACAGAGACAGACCAGACGGACAGACCAGACGGACAGCACAGGAGACAGACUGGACGGACGGACAGCACAGGAGACAGACCAGACGGACGGACUGCACAGGAGACACUCUGGGCGGACGUACAGCACAGGAGACAGACAGACCGGACGGACAGCACAGGAGACACACUGGACGGACGGACAGCACAGGAGACGGACAGCACAGGAGACAGACCGGACAGACAGCACAGGAGACAGACCGGAUGGACGGACUGCACAGGAGACACUCUGGGCGGACGUACACAACAGGAGACAGACAAACCGGACGGACAGCACAGGAGACGGACAGCACAGGAGACGGACAGCACAGGAGACGGACAGCACAGGAGACAGACCGGAGACAUACAGACGGACAGCACAGGAGGCAGACCGGACGGACAGCACAGGAGACGUGGGCAAAUAGGACAAACACCUUAACACUGUUUCCCUUUCAUGAGUUUUCCACCUGGCAUCCCUUUGUAUGUACAGUAUGCAUGGUUAUCACUGCUAUGGUUAUAACACCCUCACAUGCUGACAACACCGCCCGCGUCUCGUGAGCGAGCGUUGCAAAAUAAGUGUACACAUACAUGUUAUUCAACCAUUGCGUCCACACUGUGCACGCGUGUCAACGAGCGUCUGCGUAGACGGCCAGCGCUUUGUGACGCUUGAUGUGCUGCAAGUCCUGCGUCUCCCUUCUCCUCAUUGGUUUUUAGGAGUGUAUAUACCCACAUGGGUGAUUGAAAGAUGAACUGAGGUCCACUGUCCAGUUGGUGGUGGUAAUGCACCUUAAAG